AUGAUUGUAUUUUGCCUCAACGCUUUUAUAUAUAUAUUAAUACGGUUUUGUAUUUUUAUUUGUGAGUAUGUGUCUUUUUUCCUGAUAACAAAGUACACUGAUUUUUGUAGAUGCUUGAGGAAGAGGUCACGUGGUGGAGUGGGAAGUGGAACGGGAGGUGAGGCAGGGGAUUCCACAGGAAAAAAUAAAGCCCAUAGUAAUACGUAUCAUAAAGAAGGAAUGCAUAAGGCAGAAGAAAGUAUUUUUAAAAUAGACCGACUGAUGCGGUCAUGCAGUAGUUACAAAGAUUAUAUAAGGUAUGCAUAUCGAAUGGAUGAGCUCACAGGAAAAACUGUUCAUAUAAAUGAGAAUGAUGAUUACAUAAAUACGUAUGAUGUGAAUUUAUUGAAGAAAACAAGUCAGAGAAUAAAAAAAAAUUUAAGGAACAAUGAUGUGUUGAGGUUAUUAGAAGAUAUAAAAGUAGCUACGUCACCAACCAUUAAAGGUAUUUUCAAAGAGAAAUAUUAUUGUAAGACGUAUUCUACUCCCCACAUUAUUGUAACUGAUUUUAUAACGCAUGUGAUGGAUGCACUGGAGUUUUUAGAUCGCUAUGUACAUCAACAGAAGGAAACAAAUUUGAGUUAUAUUUUUUCCGAUGAGUAUUUAUUAAUUAAGAGAAUUUUUAAGGAUGUCUUUCGCCAGUGGGGCAAUACUGCUUUAUUCCUCAGCGGAGGCGCCAUCCUAGGUCUCCAUCAUUUUGGCGUCUUGGAGGUAUUUCUAAAAUCUUCCAUUAAUGUAAACUACUUUGAGGAGUGCUCGUCUUGGGGGGGACAGCAGCCUACUCGAGAGAGUGAGUCUUCGAAGGAGAAACAGUGUAAUAGCCCUUCUCAUCCGAGUCAGGAGGAGUGCAAAGCGGGAUGCACUUCUAACGAGAAAGGAGGCACCCGUGCGGAAGGGGUAGGGCGCAGCACAAAUGGAGGGAAGAAUCCUUCCCCAAGUGCUAAUCCAUCCAACGGGAAGGGUGUAGAGGUUAUAAGAAAUGCAGAAAAGGGAAAGACCAGCAAAAUAGACCUAAUUAAGAAAUUUCUUUUUAGGAAGAACGGAGUUGGCACUGAUUCGGGAUACACUCCUGUGGAAGGGGAGGGGAUUGGCGAAUGGGCGUCUAUGAGUCCUGCAACGGAGGGGAGCUCGGGUAAGUUUUCCUUCACUACGAGCAACUCUGCUGUGAGCGAGCUGGACUUGGGCUCCAUGAGAAGGGAAACAGUGGGCAGUGGUGAAAGCCAUGGAAGUGGACGAAGUGGAGGAAGUGGUGGACGCGAUGAGCGUGAUCCCCCCCCUCAGCUGAAUAACGUGAAUAAUGCAGUAAAGGCAGAUGAAGGGCCCAGCCCAAAUGACCUCUCAAGCAACCCCUCCAAGAGUAGCCCCUUGUCAAAUGAAGAAAAGGAUUUCGUGCCAAACUUCGAAGACAAUAUCCUGCCACAAAUUAUAUGCGGGACAUCUGCAGGCAGUAUCAUCGCAGCAUGGGUGUGCUCUAGAACGAACAAAGAGUUGUUAGAAGAAUUUAACGUCGAGUUCAUUUACCAAAUCGUUUCUUGUUUUGCCUCAGAGAAUUGGCUUUACUCUUUUUUUAAUAUUUACAGAAAGGGGAAUUUUUACGACAUUGACAAAUUUGUUAAGCUCAUUCAUAACCUCUACGGAGAUAUGACUUUUUUGGAGGCGUUCAUUAAAACCAAUUUGGUUUUAAAUAUUACUGUGACCAGAGCAGAGUCAGGAAAUACAAAUUUCCCAUGUGAAGAAGAUGGGCAUAUGGUUUUAAAUUAUAUGAAUAGCCCUAAUGUGUUGAUUUAUACGGCUGUUUUGGCUAGCUGUUCUUUUCCCUACCUAUUGCAGCCAUUUAAAUUGUUGGAGAAGAAAUAUAACAGGGAGAAUGUGUAUAGGUUCAUGUCCGUGAAGGAGGUCAGUAAUGCCAAGUUUAUUCUCAAUAGCAACAGUGCGUUUAAGCCGGGGACCCAUUUGAGGGAGACGGAACGCGCGCCCAGUGGGUUCAGCUUGGCCAGUGCAACGGGUGAGGUUGGGGAAGCAACUGUAACGAGCGAUUCGAGCGGCACGAGCGAUGCAAGCGACCGAAACGGCCCAACCGACCCACGCCAUGUGAACGACCCGAACGAGCUGUUCGACAGCGCGACGCAGUCCGAUCUAACAACAAGUGGACUCCCCAAGGAUACACACCGCGCAGCGCAGAACAAGGACGCCCAGAUGAGCGAGAAGGUUAACUCCGUUAGCGCAACGACGGAUGAUGCGGAUGUUAAGAAAAGCAUUUUUGGUAAGAGCAUUAGUGCCCCGUGUAGCGGACGCCUCAAAUUGAGCUCAUCAAGGUGCUCAGAUGAUGUAAAAGGGGGGAAGAAGGGGAUGAUUCUUCCUGGUACGAGUAGCGCUACGGGCACUAAUGACGCGACGGUCGAUGCAAUCUCUGCCAAUCGUGUGGACACCUCGGAGCUCAGAGCUAAGAGCAAAAACGGAACGGUGGACGGAGGCAGCAAGCCGGAUGGGAAAUGUCAAAAUGGCGCGGAAGAACAGGGAGACCAUUCAGAAGCAGAUGAAACAAAGAACAAAGCAACUGAGUGCAUCGACCCUAAUGAAUACAAAAAUAUAAACCUCGUUGACGAGGAGUAUACCAUUAUAAACAGUGUGCAGUUCAAGAAUACAUAUUUCCAUGACGGAUCCCUAAAGAGCGACAUCCCGGCCCAUAAUUUGAAUCAAAUUUUAUCAGUCAAGUACAAAAUCGUUUCGCAAGUGAAUCCCCAUGUGUUCCCCUUCACAGGGGUUCGCGUUCACGGGGAAGCAGGCAAACCCGUAAAGUGGAGGGGCAACUCUGGUCAUUGGAGGGCUGGGUUUUUAAUGUCUUCCAUGGAAAUAUUAUUUAAAGAAAACAUGCGGUACAUUUUGAGGCUGAUGGCUUUGCUGGACUUGUCUCCCACGAUCCGGGGCCUUAACGCGGGCUCAAUCGCAAUGCAGAACUACAACGGAGACAUCACCCUGCACCCGAAGCGUCUCUACCUCAAGCACUUCAAAUUGAUCAGCGUGUCCAACUACGACGAUGUGCAGUGGUACGUACAGCAGGGCAGGCAAAUGACUUUCCAAAAGCUCCCCCUCAUUUUAAACAGAAUGAAAAUAGAGAAGAAGUUGAUUAAGAUGAAGAAAUCGUUCUUUUGA